UUGGGCAUCUGGGAUAGGGAGUGAACUAGGCGGAGAGCAAGUCUGUUCACUUUAAGUCACGGUUCGAGCAAGAGUUGGUCGUGUUUUCUGGUACAAACUUAGGUAAUUCUUUUAUAAUCCAAAAUGUCUUCGAAAAAAUCGAAAAAGACCAAAAAGAAGGCUCAAAGAGCCGCCUCCAAUGUUUUCGCCAUGUUCGACCAACAGACCAUCCAAGAAUUCAAAGAAGCGUUCAACAUGAUCGAUGUUGGUCGUGAUGGUUUUAUCGACAAAGGCGACCUGAACGAAACCUUCAUUAACUUGGGGAAAAUGGCUACGGACGAGUAUUUAGAAGGCAUGAUCAGCGAAGCCCCUGGUCCAAUGAAUUUCACCGUGUUCUUAACGCUUUUCGGCGACAGACUUAACGGUACCGAUCCGGAAGAUGUCAUCCGCAACGCUUUUGGCUGCUUCGACGAAGCUGGCACAGGGAAAAUUGCCGAAUCUAAACUUAAGGAUAUGCUCAUGCAGGCAGGCGAUAGGUAGGUUACAAAUCUAACCUUUUUGUAUUUGUUUUAUUCUAAGCUACUUAGAUUUUAUUAUGAACUGUUACAAUUUCUUAAGUGUAAUAUAAUCACUUCGUCACAUAACUUCGUUUAGAAUGGUGUUUGAAUUUGCAGUUAGAGCGACCAGUAUUCUAGAGUUAACAUCAGACUUUUGAAAAACAGACUUUUCCGUGCAAUACGAGCCACAGACCUCUGACAUUUCAGACGAACUUGGUGUAUCCUACUAUAAUCAAUAAUUACUUCAUCACUUUAAGUCUGUGAAUUCGCCAGAAAGUUACAACGGGGCGAAAGUUUUUUAAAAACUCGAAUACUAGUUUGCAUGACUUGCCUUACUUAGUUUCAUAGUUAUUUUGAAAAAGCAUACAAAUUUUCGCGAGAAACGAACGAACAGAUUUAUAUCGUGAUUGUAUGAAUUGAUCAAGCCGUUUGUUAGUUUGUGUGAAACGCACAGCGGGAUAGUAGCAAUAAGUGUAUUUUUUUGCGCUAAUCAUACUUCUUAUCUGGCAGAAAGACGCGCGUUCUAACAAUCUGUUGUAAAAAUGCGGUUCUCUACACUGAUUUAGAAUAUUUUGCACAAGAUUUUUCGUUGUAUACUAUUUCCAUUUGGAAAAACAUGACAGAAAUAUCGCCAGAUUUGUUCAUUUUUAUAUCAUAGUCACUCUCAUGUGAACAUAAUUUCAAUAACAAAAUAUUGAUAAGGCGCCCUGUGGCGUUAAAUAUUCUGUAAUAUUUUCGAUUCAGCUAAGUUUAAUAUAACAUUGCAUUUUGAACUUAUACAGUAUAUAUUUUUAUAGUCUUCUAAUACGAUUUUUCAAUAAGUAUAUAUAGAUUUGUUUUACUAAGGGGUUUGCUAAACCUAAUCGUUCAACAGAUGGUUGUUAGUUGAUGGCAUACGUUCACAAUCAUUUAAUACGCUACAACAGUCUACACACAACCUUUACUGACCUAAAACUGUCGCAUGUAACCUGCUUGCAACUUGAGUUGCACUGUGUAAAUCAAGCAUGCAACUAACCUACAACAACGUACAGUAGACGAGUUGUGUGCUUGAUUUACACAGUACAACUCAAGUUGUUUAAAGCAGGUUGCAUGCGACAGUUUUAGGCAGAAGUCGCGUACUAGAUAGAAGUCGUGUAUUUGAUGAAAAAUAUAAAAGUAGAGAGACUUUGAUACUCCUGUGAAAAUGACUACCAUCUCCUACCCAAAACCAAUUACAAACUUGUUUCCAGAUGCAGGCAACAAAAAUCUCUUACAUUUGUUCAACUAUUGAAAUGUAUAGUUAUAGGAACAAGCCAAUGGGAACAAGCUGAUAAGCAAAUUAAACUACAUUAUUAUAGUAAUUAUACAGUCGCUGCACGCGUUUGUUGAUUGGUUUAAUAGCUUUCAGCUAAAUAUGGCAAUCACCAGCCUGCUUGCAGCCCGAAUUUCCGCUUCAAAUUUUCGGGUGGGGGAUGCUGAGCAGGCUAGGCAACACGCACCUAAACAUAAUUCAGUUAUCAGGUUGAAUGAGCCGGCGUUAUGUAAUUUUAUAGCAAGAUAAAACAACAUGAACGAACGGCGUUUUCGUGAAUGUUUUUUGUUGUUCAAAAAGCAGACCUUUUUUAUCACAACUUUAGUUUGUGAAUGAGAUUUCCAAUAUUUUUGUGCUGUAUUGUGACAUCCCUACAUCUCCUUAUUUUAUUUGAUUCAAAGUGUUCGGCUAAGUGAAGUUGAAGACUGGUCCAACUGCUAACCCUACAUUAUAUAAAGUCAGUCAAACUGUCAAAGUUCAGGGCUUUUAAUUUUUCACUUUCCUUCAGAUUUACGGAAGAAGAAGUUGACGAAAUGUUCAACAACGCUCCAAUGGACCGCCAAGGAAACUUGCUUUAUGCCGACUUCUGCAAGACUAUCAAAGGUUCUGCCAAAGAAGAAGACUAGACCAACUUUUAAUGAACUGACUUUUAUCCGAUAUGUAGACAUUAUUGUAUACUUUAUUGUUUAUUUUCAGUAGAAACAGUCUUGUAUAAAAUAUAACAAUGUUUUUUACCACUUAUAGUUACUAAUAAUGUACCAGUACUCGAAGUAGAAGGUCGAAUAUGUUGAUGUUUCACCGAAAUAGACA